AGUAACAUGUAAUGAAAGAACACGGUCAGUUUCUUCGGUACCGGUGAUAUGAUCGGCUCAGUAUCUUCUUAAGUUAAUUCAUUUUAUAAAAUCAGAAUAAAGUACUUGUGGAACAAACGAUCGCGAUGAUGUCAUAGUUAUUGUGUCUCAUAUUUUUUACUGUUCCUCAUAACGGUACUGUGUAUAAUAUAAAUAUAUUUUAAAUUACAAUGAUUUUAUGAGAGUAAGCAGAAAAAUACAUAAAAAUAAAGGUGUGACCAGCAGGUAUACUGGUUACAUAGAUGUUAUUGACGCUGACAGUGAAAGGUUCUGUUUAUUACUGUAAAAAACAUUUAAUAGCUAAUGUAGACUAAUUUUUGUUUUUUGUAAUACGUGUUUUUGUUCUUCAUUUAAUUUCAUCAAAUUUCAAAGAAUAAUAUUAAAAUUUGAAUUACUUAUCCUUAUCAAAUAUGCCACGUCUAAUUAAAUUCGUACUGUGAACAAUUUUCAUAAAAAAAUAAAUUCAAUUCUAUUGAUAGCUAUUCAAUAUAAGUUCUUUAAUAAGUUCGUGCGCGGAAAAUAAUUAAACAUUAUUUCCAACUAUAACAAAGCCAAUUUAGCUUCUCAUGACCUCUAAUUUCGACAACCCUUCGAUCAACCGAAGAAUACGUGCACAAGUAUUGUAAAUAAUUCACUCAUAAAUCGAUUCAGUUGCAUGAGUUUGUUUUGUAUUGUAGAAUCUUUUCAAUUUUACAAAGAUAUAUUAUACAUCUAUUUACUACUAGGUUUAUACAUAAAUAUACUGUACUGAGUAAUAAAUAUCUACUAAAUAGUUUAUGCAAGACUGUAUUGUCGCUAAAAGAGAAAUUUGAAAUUUCAAGACAGUGUUUUUACACAACAGUUUCAUCACCAUGUAUUUAUCAUUGACAUCAGUCCUACUUUUCAUUGCACUUUUGAUUAGUGAUUCUUUAUCUCGCGAAGUUGACUUAUGCUACGUAAAUGACGAUGAUCCAUAUCUGUAUUUCGGCACUAAAUCUGCCUAUACUUUCGUCGGUGGUAGGUCACGACUUGAAACGAUACCCAAUUGUCAACCAUUACAAAUCUGGACGAUGAUUCGGCAUGGCUCUCAUUAUCCUGGAACCGAAAAAAUAUCAAAAUUGCGAUCACUUGUCAAAUUUCGUGAUCAAAUAAUAGAUAAUCACCAACAAAAGAAAACUGGACACAUGUGCAAUGAAGAUUUAGAUAACUUAAGAAAUUGGUCACCGGAUCCAAAUAUGAAAGAAGAAAAUGCUAAAAAAUUAUCUUCUCAAGGGACAGAAGAUGUGAAGCUUUUUGCACGUCGUCUACGGUCAGAUUUUCCUGAGCUUCUUCAAGCUACUUAUGCUGAUAUCACAUCACAAAAUUAUUUGUUUAGUAACUCGGGAAAUCAUCGUACUCAAUCUAGUCUCGACGCUUUUACAGAAGAGUUUUUUGACAGAACUAGUGCUAGUGCCUCAUUAGCAACUCAAAAUAAUGACGAGUGGUUAAAGACGUACAAAAAUUGUUCUCGCUGGAAAGAUGGCGAUGAAUUAGAUCCUAAUAUGUUAGAAGAACGAUCUAAAUUUUCGAUGAGAGUCGAAUUUAUAAACACUAUUCAAAACAUUAGUGACAGACUCGGUUUCAAGUACCUUUUAUCAGAAGAGGCAAUUUUUUUGAUGUACGAUAUGUGUCGUUAUGAUAAAUCGUGGGCUGUCAAUCGAAUAUCUCCAUGGUGUGCAAUAUUUAGCGGAGAUGAAUUGAAAAUUUUGGAAUACUCAGAAGAUAUCAAUUAUUACUAUGGAGCUGGUUAUGGGCGUGAAGUCAAUGCUCAACUUGGAUGUAUUCCUCUACAAGAUAUGUUUAAGCAUUUUCGAGAAAUUGAGCAUGGUGACGUUACUGGAAAACCUAAAGGAAUUUUUCACUUUACUCAUACAAUGUCAAUGCUUAGUUUUUUGAGUACAAUGGGUAUAGGAAAAGAUGAACAAUCAAUUUCGUCAGCUAAUUAUAAAGAGAUGACAAAACGACAUUGGAGAACGUCAUUUUUGGGACCUUUUAAUUCUAAUCUUAUAGCUGUAUUUUACCGAUGCAACGAUAAAGCUUCACCGAACCAAGUAAUGUUUUAUUUACAAGAAAAACCUUUGCAAUAUGAAGGUUGCAAAGUGGGCCUUUGUGAUUGGGAGUAUCUUAAAAAUAAACUUGGUAGCAUUGCUGAUCAAUGCAGCUUAGAUUUUUGUGGAUCUGGAUAUGCACCUAUAUUUCAUCGAUUAAUUACUUAUUUUUUAGUCCUAACUGUACUAAUAUUUAACUGGUUGAUGUAAAUUAUUUAACAAGUAACCGAUAGUAAACAUAAUUAAUAGAUUAAACAUUAUCUAAUUAUGUUUAAUCAACAAAUUAAAAUACAAUAAAUUAAAUACGAGUUUAGUAGUAUGAUGUUUAUUUUAUCAAAAAAGAUGUGUGCAUCGUAAUUAUUAUUCAAUGCUUUUUGAAAUAUCGGCAGUCUUUCAAAAUAUAGUAUAAAAGACAUUUAUUCUAUUCUUAUUAUUGUUAUUUCAUAUGUUAAAUAAAUUAUAAAGUAAUAAGCAUU